CAGAGUACCAACAUAGAUGUAGUUCGUUUUCCAUGUGUGGUUUACAUAAAUGAAGUCCGUGUCAUUCCCCCCGGAGUGAGAGCUCACACAAGUUUGCCUGACAAUAGGGCUUAUGGAGAGACAUCCCCACAUACAUUUCAACUGGACUUGUUUUUCAACAAUGUCAGCAAGCCAAGUGCCCCUGUUUUUGACAGGCUGGGGAGCCUUGAAUACGAUGAAAACACUUCGAUUAUUUUCAGACCCAAUGCAAAGGUCAACACGGAUGGAUUGGUUCUAAGAGGGUGGUACAACUGUCUGACUUUGGCAAUAUAUGGCUCAGUUGACAGGGUAAUAAGUCAUGAGAGAGAGUCACCUCCGCCACCCCCACCUCCGCCACCACCUCCCCAGCAACAGCCUGGUUUGAAAAGAAACCUGAAACAUGCUGAUGGAGAGAAAGAAGACCAGUUCAAUGGCAGCCCUCCAAGACCACAACCUAGAGGACCAAGGACACCUCCAGGCCCUCCUCCUCCUGAUGAUGAUGAGGAUGAACCUAUGCCAGUGUCAGUGGUUGGGGAAAAAGCAGAUGACGUGGACCAUAGGGAGGAUUACUUUGAGCCCAUUUCUCCUGAUCGAACAUCCAUUCAUCAAGAAAGCCAGUAUUCUGAUGAUGGAGAAGUUGAGGAAGAUCAGCCAGAAGAAGGAGAUGAUGACGAUGAUGUGGAUGUUGAGGAGGAGGAGGAUGACGAUGAUGAUGACGACGAUGAUGAUGAUGGGCAUACAGUAGAGAGUAUUGCUGAUGAAGAAGAGGAAGAGGAGGAAGAUGAUGAAGAUGAAGAAGAAGGUGAAGAGGAGGAAGAAGGUGAAGGAGAUGAUGGAUAUGAGCAGAUUUCCAGUGAUGAAGAUGGAAUUGCUGAUCUGGAACGUGAAACAUUUAAGUAUCCAAGCUUUGACAUUGAAUAUACUCCUGAGGACCUGGCGUCUGUGCCUCCUGUGACAUAUGAACCUUUCGAAAGGGAGCUCGGACCUCUUUUAUACUUCAGCUGCCCUUACAAGACUGUAUUUGAAAAUGAAGCUGGUAAAAUAAAGGACCAAGACCCAGAAAAAGAGAAUUCAGGGGCAGUGGAAGCCUCAGUUAAAUUAACCGAACUGUUGGAAUUGUAUCAAGAGGAAAGGGGUGCCAAGUGGGUCACUGCAUUAGAAGAAGUCCCGAGUUUAAUAGUGAAAGGAUUGAGCUACCUGCAGGUGAAGGACACAAAGCAAGACCAUAUUACCCAGCUGGUAGACUGGACCCUGCAGGCUUUAAACCUUCAGGUGGCUCUCAAACAGCCCAUUGCUUUGAAUGUCCGACAGCUCAAAGCUGGGACAAAAUUGGUCUCGUCGUUAGGAGAAUGUGGGACUCAAGGAAUAACGGCACUCUUGCAGGCAGGAGUUAUUAAUGUGCUGUUUGACCUGUUGUUUGCAGAUCAUGUAUCAUCCUCCCUUAAACUUAAUGCUUUUAAAGCUUUGGAUAGUGUCAUUAGUAUGACUGAGGGAAUGGAAAUGUUUCUGAGAGGUGGCGGAGAUGUACAUGAGAAAAGUGGUUACCAGAAGCUCCUGGAACUCAUACUGUUAGAUCAGACUGUGAGAGUAGUUACUGCUGGCUCUGCAAUUCUCCAGAAAUGUCACUUCUAUGAGAUUCUGUCAGAUAUUAAAAAGGUGGUUGAUCAGUUAGCCGAGAACACUCCUCCUCUGCCUAAUCACACGGAGCAAGAACAGGACCAGGACAUGGCAGGACUUGAACGACCCAACCAAGAAUAUGAGAAUGAUGUGGAGGCUCCUAUGGACAUGGAUCAUCUUUUGGAAUCUUCUAAUAUAAGCGAAGGAGAGAUGGAAAAGCUUGUUAGUCUUCUUGAAGAAAUCUUUCAUUUGAUGGAAACUGCUCCUCAUACAAUGAUUCAGCCACCUGUGAAGUCUUUCCCAACCAUGGCACGCAUUACAGGCCCUCCAGAAAGGGAUGAUCCUUACCCUGUCCUCUUUAGAUACCUUCAUAGUCACCAUUUCUUGGAAUGCAUUACUUUGCUGCUGUCUAUUCCAGUGACAGGCGCACACCCAGGUGUGCUUCAAGCUAUACGAGAUAUAUUGCGUUUCCUGGCACAGUCCCAGAAGGGUCUUCUUUUCUUUAUUUCCGAGUACGAAGCAACAAACUUGUUGAUUAGAGCACUUUGUCAGUUUUCUGAUCCGGAUCAAGAGGAAGGUCUCCAAUCGGAUGGUGCCAAUGAGGAUACUUUUGCCCUGUGGCUUCUGCAUUCAACACAGACCUUACAGUGCAUCUCAGAAUUGUUCUGCCACUUUCAGCGGUGCAUGGCCACUGAGGAGACCGACCAUUCAGACCUGCUGGGAACGCUUCACAACCUUUACCUGAUUACCUUCAACCCUGUGGGAAGAUCUGCUGUGGCUCACGUCUUCAGUCUGGAGAAAAACCUCCAAAGUCUUAUUACUUUAAUGGAGUACUAUUCCAAAGAAGCUUUGGGAGACUCAAAGUCUAAGAAGUCAGUAGCUUAUAAUUACGCCUGCAUCCUUGUUUUGCUGGUGGUUCAGUCUUCCAGUGAUGUCCAAAUGCUGGAACAGCAUUCGGCACCUUUGCUGAAGCUUUGUAAAGCGGACGAAAAUAACACCAAAUUGCAAGAGCUCAGCAAGUGGCUUGAACCUUUGAAAAAUCUUAGAUUUGAAAUAAACUGCAUUCCAAAUCUCAUUGAAUAUAUCAAACAGAAUAUUGACAGUCUGAUGACCCCAGAUGGAGUUGGUCUUCCUACGGCACUUCGCGUGCUUUGUCACAUUGCAUGCCCGCCGCCUCUGGUAGAAGGUCAACAGAAGGACCUUAAAUGGAAUCUUGCAGUUAUUCAGCUCUUCUCUUCUGAGGGGAUGGACACCUUCAUCCGGGUGCUGCAGAAGCUGAACAGCAUACUUAUUCAGCCUUGGCGGCUCCACGUCAACAUGGGCACCACGCUUCACAGAGUCACUACGAUUUCUAUGGCCCGCUGUACUCUCACCCUCCUUAAAACAAUGCUGAUGGAGCUCCUGAGGGGUGGAUCUUUCGAGUUCAAAGACAUGCGUGUUCCGUCAGCGCUCGUCUCUUUACACAUGCUCCUGUGUUCUAUUCCUCUCUCCGGCCGCUUAGAUAGCGAUGAACAAAAAAUUCAGAAUGACAUUGUGGAUAUCUUACUGGCUUUUACGCAAGGUGUUAAUGAAAAACUUACCAUUUCUGAAGAAACUCUGGCAAACAAUACUUGGUCUUUAAUGCUGAAGGAAGUUCUCUCUUCAAUUUUGAGAAUUCCCGAAGGCUUUUUCUCUGGGCUUAUACUGCUUUCGGAAUUGUUGCCUCUUCCACUCCCCAUGCAGACGACUCAGGUAAUCGAACCACAUGAUAUUUCAGUGGCACUCAACACCAGGAAGCUGUGGAGUAUGCAUCUUCAUGUUCAGGCCAAACUGAUACAGGAGAUAGUGCGAUCCUUCUCCGGUUCCUCUUGCCAGCCUAUUCAGCAUAUGUUGAGACGUAUCUGUGUUCAGUUGUGUGACUUGGCUUCACCUACGGCCCUUCUUAUCAUGAGGACUGUGUUGGAUUUGAUUGUAGAAGACCUACAAAGCAACACAGAAGAUAAAGAGAAACAGUACACUGGGCAGACCACGCGGUUGCUUGCCUUAUUGGAUGCCCUGGCUUCGCAUAAAGCUUGUAAAGUGGCCAUGUUGCAUCUCAUCAAUGGAACUACUAAAGGUGAUGAAAAGUACGGGGAGAUCUUCCAGGAGCUCUUGGCUUUGAUGCGAUCGGCCGGGGACAAUGUCAGUCAUCAGCAGUGCGCUGAAUGUGUGACUUCCCUCUUGCAGUCCCUCUGUGAUCAGGAUAUUGCGCUCAUUUUACCAAGUUCAUCAGAAGGCUCUGUGUCCGAAUCAGAGCAGCUUUCCAACUCCUUACCAAGCAAAGAGCUGAUGCCUUUAAUUUGUGACUGUCUGAUGGAAACAUUAAGUAACUCGGAGAGCAGUUACAGCUGUCUGCUGACGUGUAUCCGAACAAUGAUGUUCCUUACAGAGCAUGACUACGGCUUCUAUCACUUGAAGAGCUCUCUAAGAAAACACAGCACUGCUCUCUACACUGUAUUAAAGCGAGUAAUAACCAGUUUUAGCAAAGACACGGGUGAACUGGCUUCUUCUUUUUUGGAUUUCACGCGGCAGAUCCUGAACACAGAUACGCUGGGAUGCUGUGGGGAUGAUGGAAACCUUAUGGAAACAGAUGGAUCUCAUCCAGGCAGAACGCUGGGUCUAACUACUGCGGAGUUAAAACAUCUACUGCAGAACAAAGAAGAAACCCCAGAAAACCUGCUGCUUGAUCUGGAGAAACAUGUUAUGGAUCGUUCCAAGGAAGAUGAUGGCCUUGAAUCCUUACUGGACAACAUUGUUGGAGUGAGGCAGAUGUUGGAAUCGGCGGGUGAUUCUUGUCCGCUCAGUGACCAGGAUGUAGAGCCUAUUCUUUCUGCACCAGACUCUCUUCAGAACUUGUUUAACAACAGGACUACUUACGUGUUGGCAGACGUGAUGGAUGACCAGCUGAAGUCCAUGUGGUUCUCACCCUUUCAAGCUGAGGAAAUAGACACCGAUCUGGAUAUGGUAAAAGUUGACUUAAUUGAACUGUCAGAGAAGGGCUGCAGUGACUUUGACUUGCAAGCUGAAUUGGAGAGGUCAUUUUUGUCAGAACCAUCAUCUCCUGGCCGCACAAAAACCACAAAAGGGUUCAAACUUGGAAAGCACAAGCACGAGACCUUCAUAACUUCAAGUGGAAAGUCUGAGUACAUAGAGCCUGCAAAGAGAGCUCAUGUUGUGCCACCACCAAGAGGAAGAGGCCGGGGAGGAUUUGGACAAGGAAUUCGACCGCACGAUAUCUUCCGUCAGAGGAAACAGAACACGAGCAGGCCACCCUCCAUGCACGUGGACGAUUUUGUUGCUGCAGAGAGCAAAGAAGUGGUUCCUCCAGAUGGGAUACCACCAGCCAAAAGGCCACCAAAAGUGUCACAGAAGAUUUCAUCGCGUGGUGGGUUCUCAGGGAAUCGUGGAGGACGAGGAGCUUUUCACAGUCAGAACAGGUUCUUUACGCCACCUGCUUCAAAAGGAAAUUACAGCCGUCGUGAAGGCGCUCGAGGCUCAAGUUGGAGUGCACAGAGCACACCCAGGGGAACCUACAAUGACAGUAGAGGUGGCCAAAGCAAUUUUAACAGGGGUCCCCUGCCACCACUGAGACCAUUGAGUUCUGCAGGCUACCGACCGAGUCCUCGCGAUCGUGCUUCCAGAGGCCGGGGAGGAAUUGGACCAUCUUGGACAAGUGCUAAUAGUAGUAGCAGUGGUGGCUCGAGAGGGAAGUUUGUUAGUGGAGGCAGUGGAAGAGGCCGCCAUGUACGUUCCUUCACACGAUAGAGUGAGACGUAGUGGGACAGCCCAGCCGUGUGGACUUCUGGGAAGAUGGCAAAGGAAGCAGCGGCACUAAAGGACCAAUUCAGAGUUACUGGGAUCUGGAGGACACCAAGAGAAUAUUUUUGUCUGAAGAAGAGUUUUUGUUUGAUACAAGACUGGAAAUUUCAAUAAAAUUCAAGACUUUUUGUGUA